CACAAAUAGACAAUGACGACCACAUUCUCAUCCGCAAAUGCUCGUGCGGAAUGCAUCUAUACAGCUGCAUCUGCCAAUCGAAAUUCACAUGUGGUCGAUUGGACAAUCCUCGAAGAAGGAAUAUCAGAGGUAGCCUAUGCUUCCGAUCGAAAUGUUGCUAUUGCUAGAAAUAUUGGUGAUAUUCAUAGACAGCCAACACGAUUGAUCGCAACUCCCAACGAAAUUCUUACAGUACUCAAAUUUGCACAUCCGAGAUAUAGUAAUGCAAAACCAAAGAUCAUCGCUGCUUCAGAAGAUGGAUACCUAUACCUAUUCACUUAUCAUGUAACCAAUUCAGAAUUAUCAUCCGAAUGGCAAUUACAUCAAGAAUGGCAAGCAAGUCCAAAGCAAUCACAAACACAAAAGAAACCAGCAGGGUUCCCAGCAAGAAAAGCAAAAGCAGAACCUUCAGCUUCAAUUCGUGCUUUGGGUGUACUAAGAAAAGAUCCUUCUCAAGUUGAGAAAAGCCAAAACACAAACGAUGAGAUACUAUUUGCUUCUGCUACAUCGGAUGGUAUGCUACAGGUAUGGAGUGUUAAGGGCAAUGCAGAGGUCGAACUUGUACAAACAAUCUCACUAGGGAGAUCUAGAGCGGAAACUCGGACUGAAGUAUUGCCUCUCGAUAUCGCCAUCACACCUCUACCGGGUACUGUCAAUGCUUUACUAUUAGCUGUCAGCGGCACAGAUUCAAAGAUUGAUUUGUUUCUGGCAGAAGAUGGUAGAACAUUCACUCGAUUAUUUUCGUUGUUGGGUCACACAGAUUGGGUACGUUCGAUAGACUUUUGUCGGUCUGGUAAGGAAGAUGAGCCUUGGGUGAUGUUGGCAAGUGGUGCACAAGAUCAUGGAAUUCGUCUUUGGCGUAUUGAACAAUCGGAUGAUAACCAACAAGUGGUCCACACACCAGUAAAGGAGGAAGAACGUGAUGAGUUUGACAAAAUGGCUUCCGAGAUUGAAGAUGGCGAAGAUGAGGCAAUGGCAACAAAGAUGCAGACAUUCCGAUGUGAAGCAAAGAAGUGGAGUAUAUCGUUUGAUGCUUUGUUGAUUGGACAUGAACAUUGGGUUACAGGUCUUCGGUGGGCGCCUGCUUCGCUUGAAGGACAGCCAGCCGCUUUGCUUUCCUCAAGUGCUGAUAAUAGUGUGAUCCUUUGGACUCCAUCCUCCGGUGUUGGAAAGGCGAUCGCAGGGAUUGAUUUGCCGCUCUUCGAUGAAGCAGAAACAAAGAAACGAAUUGAUAGUAAGGAGCAAGACGUAUGGGUUGCCCUGCAGCGAUUUGGUGAAUUGGGGAACGUGGGCAGUGCAGCAAAUGGAAUGUACGGAUGUGCAUGGGACCCAACAAUCCGACCAUCGUCCACCCAACAAGCAACCCUUGCGCAUGGCUAUGGAGGUGCUGUACAUAUUUGGAGCAGACAUGAAGAGAAUGGCAGAGCGCAACCUUGGCUGCCUCAACCUGGCUUAGGUGGUCACUUUGGUGCUGCAACUACGGUACGCUGGGAGCCUGGAGGUCAAUACAUCCUUACGGGUGGAUUGGACAAGACCACAAGACUGCAUGGCUGCUACCGCGAAGGAGAUAAGCACUCAUGGCACGAGAUGGCAAGACCACAAACGCACGGAUACGAGAUUACUGCUCUUUCUUGGCUUUCUCGUUUAGCAUUUGCAAGUGCUGGUGAUGAGAAAGUGAUCAGAGUCUUUGAAGCACCAAGAGGAUUCGUACAGUCUGCUCAAAACCUAAACAUGUUACCCAAAGAGCAGAGUGCUAAUCUUCUGAUUGUUUACAUCCCUGAUCUUGCUCAUCUCAUCAAACCCGGAAAGAUUGCAAAUUGCAUCAAGGAGGCUACCAAGAAGUCUUUACGAAAAGGAAGGUUGAACAUCGUUGUCGUAUCACCUCUUUUUGAUGAUGUUCAACAUGGUAAAUCCCCACAAGCAUCUUUUGAGCAAGUUCAAGCAUUUCUCAAAUGGUGCUAUGCGAUGAGCUGGGGGCCGGCCGUCGAAGCUGAUCAAUUAUUAUUUGACGUGGACGUUCUUUUGAUGGGAUCUCAAAGUGCGCAAGUCAAAUUGACACAAGUUCAAAAGCCCGAUGAAUUGUUCGUUGUUAAUGAUAAAGACUUCAAGCCGCCCUUUGAGACUUAUAAUGCAUCCCAGUUGGAGACUGGGUCAGAUGAAGAAAGUGGCAUCGAUGCGUCCACUUCACCUGAUGAGCCUUCUUCCUUCCAACAACACGAAGCAAUCGCUCUUGGAGGUACUUUCGAUCAUUUGCACGUAGGACACAAGAUCCUGUUGAGUAUGGGAUGUCUACUUGCUACACGUAGGAUCGUAGUAGGUGUGACAGGUGAAAGCAUGUUGGCAAAGAAGAAGCAUGCCGAAUUACUUGAAUCAAUUCAAACCCGUCUUGAUCGUGUGGCCCUCUUUAUGAAUGCAUUCUGCAAUGCAAUCGGACGAACAGAGCUGUUUCACGAUAUCGUCAUCUUGAAAGAUGUCGCAGGACCGCCUGGCAGUGAUCCGAAUAUUACCGCCCUUUUAUUCACGGAUGAAACCGUUGGAGGAGCAGAUUUUAUCGAUAAAGAACGAACCAAACGUGACUUAAAGGUUCUUGAUCGAUUCACUAUUGGCGUAAUUGGUGCAUCUGGAGAAACUGACGUAAAAGGAAAAGAUGCCAGCGAAUUGGCAGCAGCAAAGGUCGGAAGCACAGCGAUUCGAGGAUGGAUUGAAAAGAACAAGGUAAAGGUGAAGCCAACACCCGCUUCUUUGGAGAAAGUGCCGACAUUGAACGGUGAUCCCCGUCCUGUUGGAGCAAGUGUUCCGCCUCUUGGAUUAUCGAAUCGAGCUAUUUUUGAUCCUCGUGAUGGCCAACAAGGUGAUCCUCUUGAUGGACCUUCUGCUACCGGUCAGCCGAUUGGCAGUGCGAUUCGAUCUAUCUCUACUAAACUUCAGAGGCCACCAGUCGAGGAAGAGUUGCACAAUCAUUCGUUAUGGAGUGAAGUCUCUAAACUGUAUGGACACAGUUUAGAACUAGCAGCCUUGGAUGUUGACGUUGAAUCUGGUUUGGUGGCUAGCAGCUGUAAAGCAAGUCAUGCUGAACAUGCAGGUAUUCGAUUGCACGAUAGUAGACAAGGAUGGCGUGAACGACAGGUCUUGAUGGGACAUUCUCUCAAUGUUACCCGUGUACGUUUUAGUCCAAACGGUCAAAAGCUAGUAUCCGUCAGUCGUGAUAGGUCAUGGCGUUUGUUUGCACGAAAGCAAGCAGAAGAGGGCAAAGAAUCAACUGACGAGGUAUUUGAGCAAGUUGCAGAAGGACAAGAAGCGCACAGCCGAAUCAUUUACGACGUUGCUUGGUGUGGUAACGAUGAAUUCGCUACAGCAUCACGAGAUGGUAAUGUCAAGCUUUGGGAUGCUGGCGUAAAGGAGAUUAGAAAAGACGCCUUGCCGAUUACUACACUCUCCUUCAAAGAACCAAUUACAGCAAUUUCUGCAAUUGAUGAAAAAGUAUUGGCAGUAGGAAGCGAAAAUGGUCAUGUGUGGCUUUAUCAACGUGCAGGACAAUCAGAUUGGGCAGCUAUUCUCAAGAUUCCAAAUCUACAUGCUGACGCACUCAACGAGCUGGCCUGGCAGCCAAUUCACGAUGGCAAACGUGCCAUCUUGGCAUCUGCAGGCCAAGAUCGUGCUGUACGUCUGACCGAAUUUCAACUAUAAUUUGCUUUCUGUAUAAAUACA